CUCGCCCAGCGCCCUGCGGGGUGACCCCGGCUCCCGAGCGCCCCGGCUGGGGGGAGACGGGGCCGCCGUGAUCCGGAGCGCCAGGACCCGCUGGUUCUGCAGCUCUGGGCAGAGGUUACCAGUGAGAUGGUGAAGGUGCCGGGAUGUCCCAGGCUGCACCGGCCCUCGGGUUACCUCUCCACGGCUCUGUUCUUCGCGGCGCUCUGCGGCUCUGCUGCUGUCCUCAGGAGCAAAGAUUGCCAGUUCCCGGACCCCUCCGAUCACACUACCUACAGGUGCAUGUCCCCGGUGUGCAAGCUGUCUCUGGGCAGCGGCGUGUUUAAGGCUGGCUCCAUGGUGCAGCAUUUCUGCGAAGCCGGCUACGUCCUGGCCGGCCACCCUGGGGUCUCUGUCUGCAAGGGCGGCCAGUGGAGCAUGCUGAAGCCGGUCGUCUGCAAGCCCCUGGCAGGAUCCCCGGUGCCUCGCCCUGGCUCUGUCAUCGCUGUCUCCUCCAUCCCCAUGGUGGCUGCGGCCUCGGUGACGGCGUCCGCCCUGCUGCUGGUGGCCAUGGUGUGUGUACUGGUGGGGCCGAAACCCUGUAGCUACUGGUGCUGGAGGUGGUACGAGCCCAUGGAGGAGUCCGAGGAGAGCACAGUCGACAGCUGCCCGGUGCCGCUCCCAUCCUACGAGGAGGCCGUCUAUGGCUCCCAGGGGGGGCCCGUGCUGCCCGCGCCCCCCACGCUGACACCUCUCGUCCUCUCCAGGGGCCUGGCCCCCCCAUCGGAAGCAGCUGAGCCCUGUUGGAAUCCAGAGGCCGCCACUCCGCCCCCUUCCUACCAGGAGAGCCAAGCAGCAGCUGCGGGCGGCUCCGGCCUGGCCCGGCCCACAGUGCCCCCUGCCCGGUUCCUAUUCCCUGGGGCUGCAAAGGACCUGUACAGGUAGCCGGGGGGGCCGGGGGUCCCCUGGCAGGGUCUCGACACUACAGCAGAGACUCCUCAUUUGAAGCACAGACAGCCUGCUCCAUCUUUUAACUUGCUGGGGGGAGAGGACACCCUGCCCCCCCCAGUUACUCAGCAACUUGUGAAGCUGAUGGGACCAAAGCAGCCCCCUUCGGAGGGGCAUCAGCAGCCUUCUGCCUGGAUGGGAACCCCUCCCCCCCCGCAAGGUAACGGCUCUGUCUUCGGGGCAGCCCCGAGGGGCCGAUCUUUGCCAGCUGGCUGGUAGCCGCCAGCUCAGCGUGUUCUGACCACCCUGCACUGCCAUCCUGUGGGAUCCCAAUUUUCCCUGCCCCCUACUCCUCCCACCAGGGUGUCAGUUCCCAGCAGAGCCGUCACGGGUUAACUCAGGGUACAGCUGCCACCUUCCUCCAGCUGUGAGGAUCUGGGGGCGGUGAGAGGCAGAUUUCUCCCUCCCCUCCGACUUCCUAAUGCUCUGGCGAACAUCCCCUGGGCUUGUUCCAUUCUUGGGGGGCUUCUCUCCCCUUGUGUGUGUUGAUUAAAAUGACCCAGGCUGCUUUAUCUCUGGGCCAUACUGAUGCCCCCCCAGGCUGCAGGUGCUGCUCUGUGGCACUGGGGCUGGCUGGCAGGGGCCGUUGCACCUGCAUCCCAGCAGGGGGUGCCGUGGGUGUGGUUUAAAUAGCUGCACCCCGCCUCCCUAGUGCUCCCGUGGGUGGGUGGCUCUUGUCUCCUUCCCACUCCCAUCACCCAGGCUCCCUGGCUUGGCUACAGGGGGUGAGCUGGCACCCCUGGCGGGGGGAGCAGAGUGCAGGGGAAAGUGGGUGCAGGUUCGAAUCCCGGCUGGCCCCCGGGCCCAUCCCGCACAACAACCAUUGCGUCUGCAGGCGGGUGCUGGGCAGGGGCGAAUCUUGGGCUAUUCCUCAACAGUUGGGCCCGUGUGGCCGGAAGUGGCCAGUGGCCCAGGGGCCAGGUAGCCCCACGAAGCUCCUGUUGAUGCCGGGUCAUGUGCUCGGGCUGGCCUGCCUACACACGGGCACACAUACGCCCGCCUGCCACGGGACUGGUUUUGCACAAGGUUGAUUGUUCUAGGUUUGUAUUUAAUGACUAUGGGUUUCUUUUUCUUUGCUUUGAUGUAUUUAUAUGGGGGAGGGGGUAUUUCUCAACACUCCCCCCCCCCCUUUGCGUGCCCCUCCCUCCACCACUCUGUGAUGCUGGGACGGGGGUUGUGGUCCUGGGGGCUGUUAAGGAGCCG